AUGUUGCACCGCCAAGUAGAAUCAGGUUGCAAAGAUGAACGGUUGGUUUUAGUUGUCCCCAGAAAAAUGAGAGGCAAUGUUCUGGACUUGUCUCACAACAAUCUAUGUUCGGGACACAUGGGUGUUACUCGCUGUGUGGAAUGUUUACAACGCCAGUAUUAUUGGCCUGGGAUGUCAUCCGAAGUACAGCUCUGGAUAGCAGAGUGUGAGCUGUGUACUCGCCGGAAACCUCCAGUUUCUACCCAAAGAGCCCCAAUGCAAAGUAUCCCCGUUGCAAAACCAAUGGAACUGUGGGCCAUGGAUAUCAUGGGUCCACUACCAGUGACUGCUCGAGGCAACCAAUAUGUACUUGUGAUGUGGGUUGAGGCUGUACCGAUGGCUAACCAGUGCGCAGAUACUGUAGCUAGAGCGCUUGUUGAUCAAGUGAUUACUCGCCACGGAAUCCCAGACAGGAUCUUGACUGACCAGGGGAGAAAUUUCGAGUCUGACCUGAUGAAGAAAGUAAUGCAGCUCCUUGGUGUAAAGAAAUUGCGGACCUCGCCGUACCAUCCCCAAACCGAUGGACAAGGAGAGCGAUUUAAUCGCACCUUAAAGGGGAUCCUGACAUCAUAUGUUAACGACGACCACAACGAUUGGGACAUUCAUCUACAACUAGCGUUGUUCGCCUAUCGGACGAGCAUACACAGAUCAUCGGGCGUUUCACCUUUCAAAGCUGUCUAUGGUCGUGAAGCUGUCUCUCCAUUAACACUGAUUGAUGGAGAAAAUAUGUCAACCAGAGGCUUAUCAGGAAACUAUUGUGACGAGCUCGAGCAGACCUUACGUAAGGUGCACAAACAUGUUGCGAAUAACAUCAGCCUAGCCCAGAAGAGACAAAAGGAAGACUAUGACAAAGCGACUAAAGUCGAGAGCACACAGCUUAAGCCGGGAGAUCGGGUGUGGCUAAAUAGUAAAGCGAUUCCGAAGGGGAAAAGUCGUAAGUUUCACCAAGAGUGGACAGGACCGUACGAGGUACUUUGCCAACUGGGUCGCGUCAAUUACCACAUCAAGCCGGAAGGGGGAAAAGCAAAGACGAAAGUGGUACAUCAGAACCGUUUGAAGAGGUUAGAGAGUCGUUCGAAUUCAGAACUACCCAAGAUCAAUGAGCUCAAUGAGCCGGUGAUAACUCAUCAUGAGGAAGAACAGUUAACUGUACCGCAAGAGACACCAACUACUGUUAGAGGGCUGCGCCGUUCGACUCGUGUACGUCGACAGCCGGAUCGGUAUCAAGACUUUACUUUAGAAGAUGUCGAGAUCGAGGACGCUCUCUUUUAA